AUGAUAGCGUCUCCUCACCGGAAAUCAUCGUCUUUCCGGAAGCAAUUCCCACGGGAUGAGUUGGGUAGCUGGUCAACACUCCUUCAGAGACAUCGUUUUCUCUUAACAGCUUUGGCUCUCUUGGCUUUCCUAUGCACAAUCUAUCUCUACUUCGCUGUUACUCUAGGGGCCACUGAAACAUGUUCUGGAUUGACAGGAACCAAAAAGGCAUUGUGUCGUUUGGAGCUGGCAAAGGAUUCUGUAGGCAAUGGAAAACUCAAAUUUUUCUAG